AUGAGAAGAGAAUAUAUCGAGCUCGUGCAGACCAGGUUACAUGCUGCCAUCUCUCUCUUUCUGAUACUAUCUCCUGCUCCGUUUCCAUCCUUUAAUCCUCAGUUCGGUCGCACCAACUCUGAGCGUCGACCAGCACCGAACAUCGUCACGAUUGAUUCACUCGCCGAGCUCAAUCCGACGCGGUACACCACACCGCACCAGGCGGCAGCUCUGGACCCCAGCGAACCCAUAUCCCCCUCCUUCGCCUCUCCGUCGCCUACUGCUCACACAGCAUCGAGGAGCUCGACGUCGCCCGCCACCCUCGUCCCCUCUGUUCGAUCCCGCGCAGAACUAGAGGACUCUGAGAGCGACAGCGCUCCGCCAUCCUUCGCCGCACACUCUUCCAGUCCCGCCCCUUUGUCCUUCCUCCACCCAUCCUCUUCUGGAGCCAACGUCGCUCGCCCUGCGUCCCCUGUCACAGCCACACAGCCAGAACCUGACCCAGAACACUCGCGCGCGCGCAAGCGACAAAGGAUCGACAGUCUCAGCUCGUCAGCGUCUACUUCACUCACAGCCAUCGAACGCGCUCUCUUCGCCGAAUCUUCCUCGUCCUCGCUAAUUUACGACAGCGCCACCAUGAGACCACCGGAAGCUGACCAGGAGUCUGCGCUCUCGGUUUCUUUCGAUUCGUCCCCAGUUGCCGGCCCGUCGUCGGCUGUGGGCGCGUCUAACGGACACAACGGUGCCGCAAAGACCAACGGAUUCUCGCAACCAUUCACCAACGGCUCCUCAAAAUCGCUACUGUCUGCUGAGCUAGAAGAACAUAGAGCGGCGAGGAAUGGCACGUCCGUCGCGAGGGUAUCCCUGCCUGGCUCGACGCUCUAUGACGACUCGUAUGUUGACCGCGAGGAGUUCGUGAGGCUAGUUAUACAGAGUCUGCGGGAUGUUGGCUAUAUCGAGUCGGCCGCUACACUAGAAGCGGAGUCGGGGUAUACCAUGGAAUCGCCGGAAGUGUCGGAGUUCAGAAAGUGCAUACUGGACGCGUCGUGGGACAGUGCGGAAGCUGCGCUAAUGCGUCUGGGAGUAGCGGACGAUGAGAGGCUUUGGGAAGCGAAGUUCCUCAUCAGCCAGCAGAAAUAUCUGGAGCUGUUGGAGGCACAAGAAACGACGGCGGCGUUGCAGGUGCUGCGGAACGAGCUCGCGCCGCUGAAUGUCGAGCCAGAUCAGUUGCAUACACUAUCGAGUUUGAUGAUGUGCUCGGAUCCGGACGACCUUCGACAGCGAGCAGGGUGGGAUGGCGCGUCAGGAAGUUCACGACGACAACUACUCGUUAACCUUCAACGGUAUAUCCCAUCAUCGGUAAUGAUACCCCAGCGACGAUUCGCGACUCUCCUCGACCAGGCGCGCACAUGGCAGCAAAGCCGGUGUCUCUUCCACAAUGCCCCAUUGAACUCGCGGACGUUCUCGCUGUACACGGACCACCGCUGCGACAAGAACACGUUCCCCCGUGUCACCACCGCAAUUCUCGACGUGCACAAGGACGAGGUGUGGAAUCUCGAGUGGAGCCAUAGCGGGAAUUACUUGGCGACCGCGAGCAAGGAUAAGUCCGCGAUCAUCUGGCGGGUCGAGUUCGACCAAGAGCCAUCGGUCAGAGAAUACUCGUCCGUGUUUGUUCUGGGCGAUCACCCGUUUCCCGUGGGCUGUGUAGCGUGGUCAUUAGACGACACAAUACUGCUGACAGCAGCAGAGCAGAUUAUUAAGCUGUGGAACGCGAGAACCGGGCAGUGUAUCAGAACACUCGAAGCACAUACGGAUGUCGUAACGGCACUGGAAUGGCUGCCCGAUGGUACCGGUUUCAUCUCGGGCGGCUUGGAUCGCAAAAUCAUUCUUUGGGACGCGGACGGCAAGCAGCGUGACUCGUGGGGCCAGACGCCCAUCCGGGUGACCGACCUGGCGGUGACGCCCGACUUCACGCGCCUCAUCGCGGUGGGGAUGUGCGACGUCCUCAUACCACCCACAGGGCCGAACGUCACGCCGCCGGAGGAUGGAACGCCCCCGGGUGGAUCUGGCGCGCCGGGCGGGCGGACGUCGGAGAAUCGGGUCAUCAUCUACGAUCUGGCGACAAAGCAGCCUGAGACGUCCCUCGGGUUGCAGGGAGAGCUGACGAGUGUGAAGACAUCGCAGGAUUCGCAGUACGUGCUGAUUAACCGCGCGGGUGACGGACUCGUUUGUGAGAUACAACUAUGGGACCUCGCCACGGAACGCGUCGUUCGGAAGUAUACUGGCCACAGCCAGGGCAAACACGUCAUACGGAGUUGUUUCGGUGGUAUUGAUGGCAACUUUAUCGCUAGCGGGAGCGAAGACGGAAAUGUGUAUAUCUGGCACCGGGACACCGGAACCCUCUUGCACACCUUGUCGGGACACGGGGCGGGGAGCGUCAAUUCGGUCGCUUGGAACCCACGGAACGAGCGGAUGUUCGCCUCAUGUUCGGACGACAAGACCGUGCGGAUAUGGGAGGCGCCGCCCACGGACGUACUGGGCUCGCCGGCGGGCUCCACCGAGCACCUGGAGCAGGAGAACGGGAAGGGCAAGGGCAAGGGCCGCGAGCAGCAGUGGGACGGAAACGGCGUGGACGACGAGUACAGACCCAGUAGUGCGUCGGCGUCGGCGCCGACGUUGAUAUGA